AUGAUCAACCUCGGUACCUUAACUUUGCUCAUAUCUGUGAUGCAAGCCGCUCUUAUCAAAGGCAAUGCGCAAUUUUACCGUACCCAGCUGAAGGACAUUGUUCCUAAGCGGGAGGUUCUCUACGUUGGCGGGGAAUACACCAAAGACGAUGCAACCAAUUAUUCAUCAAUAGCUAUGGUAGGGCAAAUUUACGUUGAGAAGCUUGCGCCUGAGCCAGCGCCGGCGAACCCACCACUUCCCAUUAUCUUCAUCGCAGGCGCGGGUCAGACCGGCACCAAUUUCCUGGAUACUCCAGAUGGACGGCCGGGAUGGGCCUCCUAUUUCAUCUCCAAAGGCCACACUGUGUAUCUCUCAGACCAGCCCGCGCGCGGCCGUUCCUUCUGGUCUCCAGGGCAGGGGAGUAUUGGGUCUAUUGGCUCCCCCGAUUCUGUCACGGAUAUCUUCACCGACGUAGCCAACAACGGCGACCAAUGGCCACAGGCGAAGCUUCACACGCAAUGGCCUGGCAGCGGUCGCAUGGGCGAUCCGACCUUUGACGCUUUCUACCGGAGUCAGGUGCAGUUCCAAACCGACCGGUUUAUAAGCGAAGAGCAAAAUGCGCAGGCAUAUUCAGCUCUAGUGGACCUUGUCGGCGACUGUUAUAUCAUCAGUCACUCGCAGGCGGGUGCAUACGGCUGGAGGGUCGGAGACAUGCGUCCAGACCGAGUGAAGGGCAUCGUGCAGCUGGAGCCGUCUGGUCCCCCGUUUACGCUCCGUCCCCCGUUUGGAAAUAGCCCGGCUUUUGCGUUCGGUCUCACUGACCUUCCAAUCGGAUACAAACCAUCCGCGGGCAAGAAUGCCGAAAACAUCGAGACGAUCACCGAGGCUGCCGUCGACGAUGAUCACAACGAGUGCAUCAUGCAGAAGUCCCCGGCCAAGCAGUUGACGAACCUGGCCAGAAUCCCAGAACUGGUCGUUACUGGCGAAGCGUCGUUCCAUGCACCAUACGAUUACUGUACCGUCGAAUAUCUGAAGCAAGUCGGCGUAGACGUCGAAUACGUAGAUCUCGGUAAGGAGGGCAUUCAUGGCAACGGUCACAUGUUUUUCAUGGAGAAGAACAACCUUAAGAUCGCAGCCCGGGUGUACCAGUGGCUGAGGAAGCAUUAA